AUGCCCAAGAAGUUCGCCGUGAACGGAGUGAAUUUUUGGGUUGAUGGGGCCGAUUUCGCAGACGUAUGCCAAAUACUCAAAGAAAACGUAGUGCUGGACAAUCCAGAGAAUUUUGAGUGUGAGGCAGAAAUGGAGAAAUACUCGGCGAAAACUUUCAUCGAUAAAUCUCGUUAUUAUUUGUCCCUCAACCCUCCAGAUUUAUUUAAAUCUGCUGAAAAAGCGUGGUAUUCUGCAGUUUGUGCAGUUAAAGAACUUUUCUUAACUGCUGCUUACGUUGACAUCAAGUCGCACAAGGGUUUGAGUUAUUUCACAGACUUUGCUCUCUACUCUUCUCGCGACUCUAUACCAUUUCCACAACGUUACUUUCUUCGAAACAACUGCUGGGAAAGCGUGGAGAGGCUCCACCAGGAUCUCUACGAUUCACCAACUUACGAGCUGAGCGAUUAUUCUACUUUGAUAAAUAAUAUUGAGACGUUCGUUACCACAUUCGCAAACUUGGAUAGACAACAUCUUUCAUCUGAAUUUAAAAAAACAUUCAUAAUAGAAUCUGUUGCAAAUGUGGACUUAAGGAAAGCUGAUGGUUACACAAAACUAGGAGGUUUAGAUUAUAAGCGCGAGUACGUUGUGAUUGUUUAA